GGUUUCAUGUCUAAGGUUCUUCUUGUCAAUGCCGACUGGCAACAUAAGGAGAAGAAACUGCCGGAGAAGUUCGUGCUAAAGAGUACGAGAUCUACUGUACGCGAAAAUUCUCAGGAAACUAAUCUAUUGAAAGGGUAUAUAGCCAUGGAAUACCUUGAAAACGCCAAUCAGCGUGAGAUUUUUGAAAGCUUCACGCUGGGUGAAGUGAGACAGGAAAUGGAGGAAAUAAUCUCUACGCUGCGGUCACAUGAUGCCGGCAAAUUUGCACGAAAUGCUGAUCAGUUGAAGGCAAUUGUUCCGGAUAUGAUCAAUUUCAAAUGGGCAGAUAACUUAGGCUACAAGUUU